GCGGUGGCGUCGACGAAGAGACGGCCGAGAGAAAACGAUGGAUUCAGGAGGAGCAGAAGAAAAUCAACGACAGCGUCAUGGCCCUGAUAAACAAAAGAAAGCUGUGCAAACCGGUCGAGACGUCCGAAAAGGAGGCGACGGAUAAGAAGAAGGGAGAGGAAGAGAAGAAGAAGAAGAAGAAGGAGGAUGAGAAGAAGAACGAAGAAGUCGCCGCGAAGUCAAGCGCGCGCACCGCGACGAGGAGCAGCGGACUGCUGGCGAACACGCUGAAGCUCGACCUGGAAGGAAAGAAAAAGUCUGAGGAGCGAUCUUUCCUCGGUUUCUACGCAUCUUCGUCGUCGUCGUCGUCGUCGGAUCAGGAGCUCACGAGCGACGAAGAAAACGAGCGCGAGCGGCAAAAAAGCGGCGAGGAAAGUGACGGAAGGAGGCCAAUGGCGGAGGAAGAGAGAAAAGUCACCGACGGAAACAACGGGGAGAUUCUGCUGCCCUGGAAAGCCGAGGAUCGAGAAAAAACUCAAUCGCGAAUAUUGAUCGAAGAAAUAUCGGAGUUCGCACAAUGCUCUCCCGAUGAGGCGGAUAGAAAAUCGCGCGGGGAACAAGUCUCGAAUGGUUCUGAGAAUGUGCAGGAUCUAAUCGGCGACUGUAUCGUCGACAGGAAAAUUGUCACUUUUGAAAAUGAAAAAACAGUAACGGAAAGAGAAAUGAACAAGAAAGAAAUUACAAAAAGAUCGAUUGACAGCGAUAACAUCAAUGAAAUAGAUCACAUUGAGAAAACAUUGUGCUCCGUAUCGUGCGACACGUCGGAUCUAAAACGAAUAUUAGAAGAAGAUAAGAAACCGAAGAUCUAUCAGAGAAAGAGCAAAGACUAUUCGAUUUGUUCUAAACUUAGCAGCAUUCGGGAAGAAAUGAAAGAGUUCUGCGACGGUAUGGAUAGGUUUGUUGACGAAAACAAGAUAGUGUUCAAGAACGGCGAGGUGGAAGGAUUCUGGAGCGAGAGAGAGACAGCAAAUGAACACCCGCAAGGUGAAUCCGUUGACGAAAGCGAGAACCGAGAAACCGAGGACAAGGUUUCCGCGAGCGAAGAAGAAAAUAAGUUACGAUGGUGGUGCAGUAGGGAAAGAAAAUUGAAGGUCAAGGAGAUCUUAAGAAAACGAGAGGACGAGGCGAGGAAAAACAAGAUGAAACUUGAAGACACAAGAAAAAAUUCCGAUCACUAUUCGUCGGAUGACAAAAAUCAGACAGCCGAUAUCACAAAUAAUAUUCAAAGUGUUUGUGAUUCAAAGACGGCGACGAAUUCUUCGACGAGUGUCCUUGUAGUAGAUUCAACAAAAACAUAUUCUGCAAAAGAUGCGGAAAAUGACGAAAAGUCGAGAAUCGACGUAGGAGCGGAAAAACCAAAUAUCUCUUCCACAGAAAAUGUAAUACUGGAUCUCUCUCUUCUAGACAAGGAAAAAGCAUCGGAUAGCAUUUCUUCUCCAGAAGAAAAAAUGUCAAAUAUCAUUCCUCGAAUUACCAACUCGACGGAGUUCGUUGAUUCUGACAAGCAAUCGUCGAACUGUGAAAAUAUCGCGGACACGAAGUCUGUGAAAACUGAAACGUUGGAAGACAGAUUCGUCGAUCUUUCACUUGAAUCCUUGGAAGAAGGAAAAACCAUCGACGAAUCAGACGCCGAUUCCUUCAGAACGGCAACGUCCGUUCAAGAAGACUCGCAAAGUUUAGACAACAAUCAAGAAUCAUCUGAAGGUUCAAAUACGGUUUACGCGAAAGAUAAUUGCACAGAUCGUGGUUUAACUGAUAAUGAAAACAUUGACGAUGUAGCAAACAGUCACAAGAAAAUAGACGAAGAACACAAUGACGCGAUUUGCGAGAACAAGAAUAUUGAUAAAAUGGAAAACUUUUCUGACAAAAUAGAAUCAUCAAAUGGCAAAUCGGAUCUUCUGAACUUACCGAGUCUUACCGGUUCUGUUCAAGCAGGUUUAUACUGUCUAAGAGACCGGCCCGGAAAGUCGCUCCGGACCAAAGACUGGAUCGGUCCAAAGACUCACUCGUCUCUGAAAAGAACAAGUCAGUUUUCCAGACUUGCGGGAAAAAGAAUCCGCGAGGUUGAAGACAUCGAAUACAGCGAGGAAGAGUGUAACUGCGACGAGGUAAUUUAUUCCAGAAGAAAACCGGAAAAACGUAGACCUCGGAGUCAAAUUUCUGAGAGAUGUAGACAGCACGUGAUACAGGAGACGAGGAAAUUCGUGAAGAAGGCGUCGCCGUUGAUCGACAAGUGCAUAGCAAGUCUGAUGGAAGACGCGGAAAAUUCCGGUAAAAAACUGUGCCAUAAAUACGAUCGAAGAAGUCUCGGAGAAUUUCUGCCGUCUGGCUUCGAGUCGAAAAUAGAUUUUAAGAAAUCCGCAAGUGAAGAACGAAGUAACUUAUGUGAUAAGUACAAAAACGAAUCUACCAACGUAACAAAUUUAUGGCCAUACGCUGCGUUGACCAAUAAUUUGGAUAUUCAAUCGCUCGCCAAUCUCUUUUGUGAAUCCAAAAAUACUUCCAAGCCGGACUCACCGGUUGAAAAUGCCGUGUCUCAUUACAAAGAGUCUUGCGAUUAUUUGCACGAGUUAGAAAGCAAAAAGAAAUUGCUAAUCAGCCCAGAUUUCGCGACGGCCAAUCAAGAAUCAAAGGAGUCAUUUGACAAUAAAUCACUGGAAGAAUGUUCGAUAAAAAAAUCGGUCGAACCACUGAUCGAAGUGAUUUCCGAGAGUUCUGCAACCUUCGAGGAUAGCGAACGAAGUUUGAGGCAACGAGAUAUCAAAGAAAACUUGCACGAUCGUCAAAACACUAUUGAUUGUCAUCAGAAAGAUGUUACGGUUGUCUUCAAGAGAUUUGACGAGAUGUCGGAGAUUUCCGAAAAUCCUGAAAAGCGCGUUAAUGAAGAAAGCAGAAUUGAUUCGAAAGAGGAAACGAAGGUCGGAAUGUUUUCAACAUCGUGUACAUUAUCAGACAACGCAGACCGUAAAGAGUGUGCAUUAGAAAAGGAGAAAAGUGUAAUUACCACGACGAAAAAAAGUAUAGAAAUGCAAGUGGCGCAGGAGAAUUAGAAUGAACAAAAAAGUUUCAAUUUGUUGUGUUCACAAAUAAAAAAAAAGAGUCAUAUGAUUAAUAUUAUAAUAUAAAUAUAUAUAUAUAUAUAUACACAUAUAUAUUUAAACUAAUAUUAAAUAAUAUAAAACUUUCAAGAACCGCAAAUAGAGCAUAAAAUGUUAGUUUAGGUUCACAGGAACGUGUGCGUUUUUCUUUUUUUUCUUCCUGUUCUCCAUUCGAAAUAAAUGUGUUACCUUUCGUAAAAAAAAAAAAAAACCUGAUUUGACCACUUAAAUUUAUCUAGUUUCGCAAUUGUUCGACGAAAGAAACGACAGGUGGCGAAACAGACCGACCUUCUACUACAUACACUUUAUUUUUUGUGUCCACACUCACAUCAAUUAUAUUAUAAUAAUAAUAAUAAUUAUAAUAAUAAUAAUAAUGACAAUGGCUGAUGAUGUCGAUAAAAGUCGUAAUUAACAAUAGCAAUUAAUAAGUAAUCCGUAAUAAUAUGCGCGUAAUGAGAUAAUCGGUUUCGCACGCGAAAGAAACGAUAGUCUAUAGCACGGUUUUUUUUUUUUUUUUUUUUUUUUAAACUUUUUUUUUGGAAACUUUUCUUCACCGCGUCUCUCCGUCUCUCUUUAUAUACUUAAUCAGCGCCUGCGGUGUGUCUCCGGACACAGAUAAUAUUCCAGAUGGCUUAUUCUCGCAGAAGCUUACCACACACACCUUUUCCAUACUUUGGCGAAAAGCUCUUGACAUUAUAAUAUAUUUUAUAAAGAUCGAGAUUAUGUUACGAUUAUAUCACCAUGUUGUAUACAACGACAUUGUUUUCUCCUCGUUUCAUCUUUCUCCAUGGCGCUUUUCUUCUCACCCCAUCGAUCCCCCGUUUCUCGUUUUAAUUAUAAUAAUUUAUGGCGUUUUUAUCGUAUAAGUCAUCGGUAUAUACGAACGUAGCAUAUAUCUUUUCUUUUCGUUUUUCAAAACGAAAACGUACAUCAUUAUACAUCCCCUAUAGAAUCGUUUUACAUAGUAAUAGUAAUUUAUAAAUAUGCGAUGAAUAUCACGAAUAUCUUGCUUCUCUGCACAGGCACGCAGAAAUCAAAAUUUGAGUAGAUAUCUUAUUUCUUCUCUUAGUUUUUUUUUGUGUUGAUUUUUUUUGUUUGUCAACAUUCACUUUCACGUAUAUGUAAUAAUUACAUGUCUCG